AUGGGAACAGACGAGCAUCGAAUAUAUGACAAGGAAAAUAUUCAAGGUGUAGAAAGGUCGAAGUUGAAUAACUGUUUAUCCGCUAGUUUACCACGCACCGAGUGCCCCAAUAAGUUCCGUAAAUUCGUUCGCCAGCCGAGAGUUGGUAGAAACCAGCGACGCCAAAUUAUCUCAGACACCAAUGAUCGUUGCGCGGAUGUUCAUUUACCGACCAGUGAUUUAUCAGCGUUACCUUCUCCUUCAAACAACUACUCUGGAAUCCAUGCUUUUACAAAUCAGGCUUCCACUUACCUUGGCCCCUGGAAGCUCUCUGCUAAUCCCUCGAUGAAUGCUUGUGAUUAUAAGACCACCAGAAGGUCUUCAUCCACGUCACUUUCUCAAGGAAAUAACGCUAAUGGGGGACCGUUUCAACUUCUUCUUCCCUUUCUUAUUCCCAUUCCGGUAUAUCCUCCGCGAAUCGCCGCGAGAUCCGGAAAUCAG